GCUACCUCUUAAAAUCCAGCACCCGAUGCACCGCCGACACUCACUCAUUCUCCACCUUAAUGGAAGACGAGAAUGUCAUUGUGAUCUCUGUGACCAAGACUGUAGCCGCAGAUUCAACUACAGCUGUUUUCAAUGUGACUUCAACAUCGAUCUCAAAUGUGCUUCUGAGAAAGGCUUCACACAUUUUAGUCACGAACAUCCACUAAUGUUCAAGAGGGGAAAUAAAGCAAACGAAUAUACCGGUCCACUAGUUGUAUGCGAUGGAUGCCAAGAUCCAAUACUCGGACCUAGUUACACAUGCAUUAGUACAUACCGACGUCGCAGAUGUUGCUUCAAUCUCCAUAAAUCAUGUGCAGAGUUACACAGGGAGAUCCAACACCCAGUGCACCGUCAACACCCACUUUCUCUCCACAAUUCAGUUCAGAAUAUCAAAGUACGUUGCUUGUGUAAUGCUUGCAACCGGCCUUGCAUCUAUCGCUACCAUUGUUCCAAAUGUGACUUCAACCUUCACCUGAAAUGUGCCUCCAAUUGGCAGAACAUUAUUGGAAAUGCCUCUCACGAGCAUCAGUUCAUUGUCCCACCCCUGGAAUUGGCUGACCUCCACAUCAACUGUCACAUUUGUGGUGACUACUGGAGUGGCAGCGCCUACUAUAUUUGUAGCAUCUGCCAGCUCUUGGUCCAUAGAGAAUGUGCUUCAUUACCACGUGACAUUAAAAUGUCCAGGCACCAACAUCACCUCAAGUUAACCUGGUUUCUUGAAGACAUAUACCCUAAGGAUGAUCAACUUUGUGGAGUCUGCAACACAACUGUUGAAAAAUCUCGUGCUGUUUAUUAUUGUCAUGAAUGUUAUGGCUAUGUUUCUCACACUACAUGCAUGAUAAUGGAGUAUUUUCGGGAGGAAGAAAACCCAAACAGGUUCUCUGGUGAUGAUGAUGAGUUUGAUGAUGCAGAGCAAAUAGAACACUUUAGUCAUCCACAUUUACUACUUGCGAAUGAUCAGCAUGAGGUGGCCAAAGAUCAGACAAUGACUUGUGAAGGUUGCAUUCGACCCAUCAAUAUUACUGAAACUUUUUACGGUUGUACCAAACAGGAACAGUCAUGCCAUUUCUUUCUCCAUGAUAUAUGUGCUCGAUUACCGACAAAGAUGUUCAUCCCACUCCUUCACACACAUGUAUUCACACUCCUUUCUCGGGCUCCUUCUUUUGACGGCGUGUUUCAAUGUUAUAUGUGUGGUAUUUUUAACCAGGGCUUUGUAUACAGUUGUCAAGAAUGUGCCUCUCCAGCAAGCGAAAAUCUUUUCUACCUUGACCUUGAGUGCAGUACUUAUUGGAGAAAUAAGACUCUUAAACACGAGUCUCAUCCUCACCAGCUCCAUCUUUAUACAGAAUGGGAGGACUUCUAUUGUAGGGGUUGUCGUUCCAAGAUCUUUUUCUGCUUUAGUUGUAAGAAAUGCAACUUUCACCUUUGUAUUUCGUGUGUUAAGUUACCUCUUACUGCUGGGCACCGAUACGAUAAUCAUCCUCUCAAGCUCACUUAUGCUAGUCCUGAACACGAGAAAGGUCAAUACUAUUGUGAAAUUUGUGAAGGGAAAAGGGAUCCAGAACAUUGGUUCUACCUGUGCAGACACUGUGACUUUGAUUGUCAUCCUCAUUGCAUUCUAGGGAGGUAUCCGCAAGUUAAACUAGGCAUCACUUACAAGCAUGAUGCUCAUGCAGAACACCAUGUCACUCUUGUUAGCAAGUGGCCCAGCCCCAUUCAAUUUGAUAAGAGAUACAUCAUUCUUCCUUGUGAGAAAUGUGGUAUGGCUUGCAAAGGAUUGGUCUUUGAAUGCAAAGUGUGCAAUAUAAACUUUCACCGAGAUGGCUUCUGUGGGAUAGAUUUGGAAAGUUUACAAUCGUCUGUUCGAAUCGAAGAGCUCAGUUAA